UCAAUUUAUUAUUUAUUCUAGAGUGUAUAAAUUUCAAUAUUUAUUUUCCAACUAAAUAUUUUUUUAAAAAGGAAACUAAGAUGAAACUGAAAUCAUAUUGUAAAAUUAAACAGUAACUAUGUUGUCUCUGUCUCGGGACUGGUGAAUGGUGAAGAGAUUGUCGAGGUUAACAUUUAACCGAAUCGCACGGUACUCCCUACCUAACUAAUCGAUCAUUUCACUUAGCUUCGGAGUUCGGUAGCAUUCUCACUCCACAAGCCAUAGCUACUCCUACUUCAUACUUGUUAGUUGAAGAAAAGUCGCCGCGAAACUUAGACGUGACAAUGGCAAGUGGGAGAAUCGUAGUUUACGGUGGUCGUGGCGCUUUAGGCUCUGCAUGUAUAAACCACUUUAAAAAUGCAAACUUCUGGGUUGCGAACGUUGAUCUUAACCCAAAUGACAAGGCAGACGUAAAUAUAACUGUGCCCAAGGACGGUUCCUGGUUACAGCAAGAGGAACACGUAGUUAACGAAUUGGGCGCUGCACUACAAGGUCAGAAAGUGAAUGCUGUGAUUUGUGUCGCGGGUGGCUGGGCCGGCGGCAAUGCUGCUAAGGACUUGAGUAAACAAGCGGAUUUAAUGUGGAGACAAUCUGUAUGGAGUUCGACUAUAGCCGCAACUCUGGCUUCGAAAUACCUGUCUCCUGGUGGUUUAUUAGCUUUAACUGGUGCUAAAGCAGCUCUGGAAGCUACUCCUGGUAUGAUUGGUUAUGGCCUUGCUAAAGCCGCUGUGCAUCAACUCACUAAAUCCCUAGGUGCUAAGGAUUCCGGUUUACCAGAGAACUCUUUAGCUGUUGCUAUUCUGCCAAUAACAUUAGAUACAGAAAUGAAUAGAAAAUGGAUGCCCAAAGCUGAUUUCAGUACAUGGACACCAUUAACCUUUGUUGCCGAGCUGUUUGAUAAAUGGUUAAAAGGAGAAAACCGGCCUGAGAGUGGAAGUCUAGUAGCAUUAGUUACUAAGAAUAAUAUUACUGAAGCUGUUGUCCAAUAAUCUUGCCACAAUUCUAAAAUAUGUAUUGAGAUUACUUAUGAUUGAUAUUUAAUGUGCUGAU